AUGUCCUCUUCGACUGACCAGCUGCAAUACAUCUACUCAAAAAGGAGAAGAGAAUUUGGCAGGCGAUGCAGCUUCAAAAGGAACAAGACGACGCUGCAGGUUACCCUGCCGACCGACCUGGAGUACUUCAGGAAAAACUACAUAUUAACAAAUCCUGUUCACUGCUCUGCACAAACAAACGGUGGCGAUUUUUCCGAAUGCGAUCAGGUGAACACAGCAAGGCCAGAGUUUGAUGAUAGGGGAAUGAACCACGUUGAGGGUGGCUGGCCCAAAGAUUUAAACCCUGCAGACCCAGAGCAGACGCUCAGGUUUAGGAAGAAGGUGGAGAAGGAUGAAAAGUACAUUCACGCUAUACUUCAGCUUUCACAUGCCGUGGAGCACUGCAUUUUGCAGAACAACGCUCUGGACAUUUACGAGACGCACCUAGAAGCGGAGGUGGGAGGUGUGCAAGUGGAGCCGCUUUCAGCGCGAGGACUCAAUGUCUUUCAAGACCCUUGCCACAUCAAGCGCCCUGUGCACCACAUCUCGUGGGCGCCGGACGGUGGCACGCGACUCGCCGUUUCCCAUUGCAGUCUGGCUUUCCAGCACGCCAGCCACUCUGAGCUCAGCAGCCAAACAUACAUUUGGCACGUGGAAAAGCCAAAUCAGCCUGACCUCACUUUCCGUCCACCGUCGGCGAUCGUGUGUCUCGAGUACAAUCAGAAAGACCCCAACGUCUUGGUAAGCGGCUUUUAUGACGGAAGAGUCGCGUGUUGGGACACACGCAAGGGACCAGAACCGGUUGAAAUGAGUCCUCUCGAGCCAAGUCACCGCGACCCUGUGCACAAAGCCCUCUGGAUGAACUCCAAGACGGGCACUGAGUUCUUUUCGGCCAGCACAGACGGACAAGUGAUGUGGUGGGACACGCGAAAAUUGUCUGAGCCAAGUGAGGUGCUCAUUCUUGACCCGGUCAAGGGUCAGGAGCAGAGCUUGAGCAGGGCUUUGGGCGCUGUUAGCCUGGAAUAUGAACCUACUAUUCCAACAAGGUUCAUGGUUGGCACCGAGAUGGGCGUGGUGAUAAAUUGCAACCGGAAGGGAAAGACACCACCGGAGAAGAUGGUGUGUCAGUACGCGGCGCACCUGGGCCCCGUUUACGCGCUGCAGCGGAACCCUGCGUUCGUGAAGAACUUCUUGAGCGUGGGCGAUUGGAGCGCGCGCGUGUGGUCGGAGGACGUGCGCGAGUCGAGCAUCAUCAGCACGGGUCUGGGCGAGUGGCAGUUGACCGAUGGCUGCUGGAGUCCAACCAAGUUCUCGGCCUUCUACACCACCAGGGAGGACGGGCGGCUGGAUGCGUGGGACUUGUUGCAGCAGCGCCACCGACCCGUGCUCAGCGUCAAGGUGUGCGACGCCACGCUCAGAUCCAUCCGAGCCCACGAACAGGGCCAACUGCUCGCCGUCGGCUCCGAUACCGGCGCCACGUACCUCUACCAGGUGUCUGACCACCUCGUUGUGCCACACAAAAACGACAAACCAAUGUUUACAGAGAUGCUUGAGCGUGAAACGCGACGGGAGAAAAUCGUGGAGGCGCGGCGGCGUGAAAAACGACUCAAAGGCAAGGUUCGUGGCGACGAAGGCCGGCAGCAGGGCAACCAAAUUAGACCGUCUACCGAACCGCUCACUUUUGAGCAACUCGCUGAAGACCCUCUGAUUGCAGAAGCUGAGAGACAUUAUUUCGAAAUCGUCCAAUCGUUGCAGGACCAGGAGCAGAAAAAGGAGGAAAACGGCGAGGAAGUCAAUAAAUGAAUUAGACGUUAACAAUAAGUUCUUUUUCCAGCUCUCCUAUAUUCAUUGAUAUUUUUGUGCGCACGGCUAAUCACAGUAUAAAAGUACACCGAGAAAAUGCGCGAUUAGCCAUUUAGCGUCAUUGAAAAAAUUAAUAAAAUUAAGACGAGAAAAAAAGUAUGCGCGCGAGUAUCAACCUCACCCAAAACGCCAAUUAGAAAGAGUUGCAAGAGUUAGUUAUAUUUCUUAAUUGUUAAAUGCAUGCUCUAGGAGUAAAUAUGUUAAAUUAAAU